AGUGAGUCGUGCAGCCAGCACAUAUUGCGUUGCCACUGAAGUCCAGCGCUCCAGCCACAGUGAGGCCGCAGCAUCUGGGAGUCAGGACAAAGGGGGAUCGCCAGGGAAGUCACACACUUCUGAGUUCCUGGCAACCCGUGCGAAGGAACUUAUCACCUCACUGAAGUCCUUGAUGAGGAGUGAAAACAGGUAUGCUACAGGUGUGCCUACCAAUACAAAGGAAGAUGGGUGUUGUAGAGGUAUAUUGAAGCUCAAUUUGGAACCAAAGAAGUCUGGUAUGGCAAGUGGGAGCAACACCAGCAGGAGUACAAAGAGCGACAGCCACAAUUCCCUCACCACCUCGGAAGACCACAACAGGACUACCAUCUGGCACAUCCCUCCCGAGGUCUACUUCGGUGACAAACCAAGGGACGACAAUCAGAACAUUGCCGGGGGCUCUUGCAGCACAGACGAUGACAAUAGCACUGCUGGUCAGAGCAUUGUCGAUGGCAAGGGUAUGGAUGCCGCUCUGAACAACAACAAUAACAAGGCUCCCUCAUCUACAAGGGAUGGUAGACUGCAGUUACAACCAGUGGAAGUAAAUGGCAGUUCACAACCUCUUAGCCUAACGGUGGUGGGUGAUCCAUCAUCCUCCUCCUCCUCUUCUCUUGACGACCGCCGCUUCUCUUCGCUCCCAAACCGCGGCCACACAGCGAGAAACCUGAACGACUCCGAGCACCGCCUUGUCUGGGUGUAGGAAACGGCUACCUGAUGAUAACUCAGUUAAUGCUUCCCCCUUGCGAUUACUGCUCCCGGUGAUAGAAUAUUUCUUCCAUUACAUUGCCUUAUUAACAACAGGUGUGCAUUGUUGUACAGAAUGAUAUUAAUAACUUCAUUCUGCUGUACUUAACCAUAUUCACUGUAUAACCACUUGUGAAAACUGUCUUCUCUAGUGCAAAUUGUAGAGAUUCUAGUCGCACAAAAGCAAAUCACAAGCAACAGCAGGUUUAUUGUGUAAAAACAAAGGUUUCCCGGAAGUAGUGAGAGGAAUAAACUUGCCUCCAAAGAUAAUACUUACAGGUGUCACUCUGCUUAUAGUAGUAGAAGGUGAAUAAUAUAACUUUUGUAAUGCUUUUAGAAUUUAAGCUAGAGCAAACACCUUUAUUUCACAGGACAUUAUGAGGAUGCAGCAUAUUUGCAGAAUGCUGGUACCAGGAAAGGAACCAUGUGGAUACAUGUAAUAAUUAAUUUGCUUGGAUUGUAUUUUUUCUCUGCUUAGAAUUGUAUUAUCAUAUGUUUAUUUUUGUGAUUAUUUUAGUAUUUUUAAAGAAAUUACUGUCUUUUUAUCAUGGCUGGGAAGUAACCUUUUCAUUUGGCUUUUUUAUCAUUAUUAUUUUUCUGAUGAUAAUGAUCACAGAGGUUGUGGUGCUGUUGGUACUUACAUAUUUUUUUUAUCCUAGGAGUACCUCCUCUUUUACCAAAGAUUCUUGCAGUGUGAGAUUAUUUUGCUUGAAAAAAGUACAGAGAUGCAUGAAGAAAGCAUAGGAAAGUGACAAAGGUAGUGGUGAAAUCUAAUGGUGUAGUUUUGUUAGUAGCAAAUUGGAAGUACGUAAGAUUCCUAAUUCAGCUGUGGGAAAGAUGCAUUGAAGAAUGAAUACAUUGACAUUUCUAGUUUCAGGGAUAAUGAGAAAGAUAAUGAUAUUAUAAUGUUUGAUAAUAUCACUAGUAAAGAUAGAUUAUCAGAAGAGGAUUCUUUUACUGUCAGUUUAGGUUUGAAAAGAUACUUAAAAGUUUAUUUUAUUUAUCUUAACUCUAGAAAGGGGGUUGUUCUUAUACAAAUUCAUUUUUAGUAUUAAAAAGUUUUUUAGAAAUAGCUUUAGUUGUGAAGUUCCUUUCCAUCAUAACUAACCUACUAUUAAUUUGCUAUCUAUUAAUCUAUUCAUAUGCUAUCUUAACAAAUACUUCUAACUAAUUACAGAACUACCAACUGCAAAAUAUUUCACCUUUCAUCAUCUAAUAGACAUUGAAGAUAUGUUUUAUGUAGGCAACAUAGGGCAUCUAGAUAUAGGUCUUGAAAAGCAAAAAGUAAGUUUUAAAGUAAGUUGAAAAGAAUACAUCAGUGUGAAGUAUUGAAGUUUGUGUUACUUAAUGUAACAAAAUGUACUUAAUCAACUAUCAUCAGGGAAUUCAAUAGGUUUUGUACUUAUUGUGUAGUUGUAUGUUUUGUCUAUUUUCAUUCUGUGCAAAGAAAUUUUGUAAUAUGUAACAGAGAAGCGUAUGUUUGCAAAGGUGCAAUAGGUAUAUGUGGACUUAUGAGUGAGUAAGAAUAGGUGAGGACAGGGGAGAAUAAUGAGUAAGUAAGGAAGAAAAUGUAUGAGUAAGUAGGAGAGAGAGAUAAUGAGUCAGUAAGAGAGAUAGUGUGUUGUAAGUAAGAAAGGAAGUAAUUAAGUAAGUAGGAGAGUGUGAGUAAGUAAAUAAGAGAGAGACUGAUGAAUAAGGAAAUGAGAGGGAGAAAGGAAGAGUGAGCAAGAGUAAGUGAGAGGGAAAGAAGGAAAAUAGUAAGUUAGAGUGAAAGGAAGAGUAUUAAAAUGAAAGAAAAAAACAUGAAAGGUAAAAGUAAGAGUGUGAGAAUGAAAAUCAGAAAGAAAGAAAAAAGGAAAUAGAGAGGGAGAGAGAGAGAAGAAAAAAACAUGUAAGAGGGAGAGUGUGUGUGUUAGUGUAUGUUUUUGUAGCCUUUGCUCUGUGUCAGUGUCUCAGUUUGCAAACAGAUUUGCAAAACAGAAAAGUUAAGUUCAGGUGAUUUUGCCAAAGAAUAACUAAAUUGAUAUCCACUACUUUCUACAAUUUGGUUCAUGGAUAAGUGACCUCUCUUCUAUAUCUGUCUGUUAAUUUAUAUGUUAUAUAUUUAUUUGUGUAUUUCUUGGUAUGCUGCUGUGUUGUGAUGAGGCUAUAGGGUCUCUCUUCAAAAUGCGUUGUGAUCAGAAAGAAGAGAGAGUGUCAAAAAAAGUGAGUCGAGUAUAACAGCUAAUCACAUUUUGCCGUUUCUAUAAUUGGUAUCCAUUUCAGCUCUGUGGAAAGCUUGCUGACUGGCUUAAAUUGAUAGCUAAGGCAUUCGAGUCUUGUCUGGGAGGGAAGGAAAUGCCGCAGGAGGAAAAUUGUUUUAUCUACUUGUGUUUGAAGGUCUUGACCAUCUAUUUUAUUUUAUUUCUUUUGAACAUUUAGCUCUUACUUCAGUUUAUUAUUACAGCUAUGAUUGAUGUUAUUAUCGUCGUCAUUAUUAUUGUGAUUUUGAAUUUUGAUUAUAAUUAACUAUAAUUAUGAUUUUAGAUAGUUAUAAUUAUGGUUAUAACUACAAUAAUGUUGAUAAUAAUAAUGAUAAUAUUCAUAAUUUUUUUAUUGCUAUUAUUAUUGUUGUUAUUUUUUAAAUAUUAUUAUUAUUAUUAUUAUUUGAAAUGUUUAUCAUGAUGUUAAAACUCUACUACAUAUAAAAUAGUUCUCGAAAUGGUUAGUCAAGUAUUUUGACAGAAAGUAGAGAGAAGGCUCGACAGGAAAUGUAAAUGAAUUUCCUGAGAGCCAUGAACCUUGCAAAAAGCAUGUCAUUUCCUGUCUUUUGAGCUGUCUUAUUUUCAGGCUGAGGUAAGUUGUUUUGUGUAAUAGAAAUAUAUUGAAAUUGUGUUACGACAAAUACCCAAGAAAAGGAAAAAAAGGGAAAGAAAAAGUUGCUUAGUAUUUAUUAUUAUUAUUAUUUAUUAUUAUUCCUUUAUUUUUCAAUUAUUUUUGAUUAUUUUGAGAUUUAUUCUUUGUGUGUUCAUGCUCUCAUCUUCUUGUUUAUUUAUCUCUUAUGUUUUAUCUCCCUUCAGCGGGCAUUGAGUGAGGAGGCAUCACAUAUUGCAAGGACAGAUUCCUCUUUCAUAGUAUGAUCCAAGUCAUGCUAUUGUAUAAUUUUGAUGUAUCAUGGUUAUUAUUUUGCAAAUGUAAAAAACCAAGCCAAGUGUAUAUAAAAUGUGUUCAUACUUGUUUGCAGUUCAUACUGUGCUCCAUUUUUUUUCUUCUUCUUUUUGAAGGAUUUCCUUAUUUAGGGUAAUUACAAAUUCUAGAGAUUAUGUGUAGACAUCCGUCCUCAGUCCAUUAAGAACCCAUGGGAGUGCUGGUGACAGGCAACUUUAUGUAUUUAUGGUGAAUGUUGAGUUUAUGUAAGCUCAAGCAGAUUGUUUGAUUUCAGUAGUAAAAUACAUAUCAAGUGUUUUUUCUCCCAGACAUAAUUUUCAUGGUAAUAAGGUGAAAGGCAAUGGUGCUCCACUUCGAUUUUGACAAUUGUGUGAAAAAAAAUGGUGUUAUUCCUCAAAAUUUGACAGGAAGAAUAUUAACUAAAAAUAAAUGGGUGGUGCUUUCAAGGUGCAGUUUAUGAGCAGCAUUAAAUGUAAGCAUGAUAUUACAUUUGAUAUUUGAACAGUUAUUAAUUUUACAGGUUGUAACGUAUCCCUUUGAAUGCAGAAUGGAAUACUGUAAGCUCAUUUAUUAAAAUUAAUCCAGAGGCUUUGCAGCUUUCAAGUAAAAUGUCUGUUUGAAUGUAAGAUGAUAUUUAAGCAAGUUUUUAUGUUGAAAAGAUAAAGAUUGAUGUCGUUAGGGACAGCUUACAUUUGAGAUCUAUAUCCUUAUACAGGAAUAAAUUAAUUACUUAUGGUAUAUUAGCACUGAUUAAAGCUACUGUAAAGAACUGUUCUUUUGAAGCUUAUCAAUGUUGUAUUAAUUUAUUGACCCCCAGGAGUGAUCUAUACCUGCAGUGUCCUCUGUAAUUUAAUUUAAAAUAAAUUUGCUUACUCAUUUAGACAUACGUGUUUGGAAAGCUGCAGUAGACAGGGCAUGUACCUGGUACCAAUGGGUUAGGAAUUGACCUUAGAAUAUGAACUGGGGAAAGAAGUGAGUAAUGAAAAUUUGUUUUAUUUUCCUGUUGUGCCAAUUGUGUACAUUUGUUUGAUAUUAGUGUUUGUGUAAAGAAAAUUGUACCUUUUCCCAAAUGACAUGUAAUGAAUUUUGUAUGUGUGUUAUCAGUUUUUUCUUCCACCAGCACCAUGUAUUACAUAUCUAAAGCACAGAAGGUUAUAUAGUUGAUACAGUAGAUCACCCAUAGCACAAAGUUAACAUUUUGUAAUGUACAGUUAGAUUACACUCCCCAUUUCUGAAAUGAUUAUUAUAGAAUCUCUUUGGAACAUUAUGAUUUAUUGUUAAUAAUGUUUACUUUUUUGUAUUAAUAAAGAUAAAUUAGAAAUAGCCAAAAGUAUUGUGUUGGGAGGAUGAAAAUAAAGAUAAAGGUUUGAUAUAUAUGUAGCACACAUGUUUUUUGAUAAUGCAGUCUGCCUUCCACCCCUGAAUCUCAUUAAAUGACGAAAGUGACUUUGGUAGGCAGUGGUUGAAAAAUUUUGUAUGUGACUUUUUAUACUGGGAUUUAUAUGUGACAAAAUAAUUGCAGGUUAGAGAUCUUUGGAGUUUUGUGUUCGUGUGAUUUUUUUAUUAGCAUGUUUUGCACCUUUUUCAUAUUAUCAUAAGGGCUGCAGUUGUAAAAGAAUAAGUAAUUAAGCAUAAUUUUUGUGUGUGACAAUAUGUGCUUGUUACACACCCACUCUCACAUAUUACAGCUUUAUAGAUAACUUUAGUGUGCAAGCUCACUCACAGUCUAAAAAGAGCCACUGUUUAAGGUUCUUUUUAGCUCCCACUUAUUAUUAUAAAAAGAGGGUAAAAAGUCCAAGCAAUUAGUCAAUUCUUGGAUUUUUUCUUUCACCUACAAGUGUAGAUGGCACUGCAUAUUCUAUAUUAAAGGAUCUGUAUGCAAUAGACUCAGUGAUAAAGGCUUAUGCUGUAGCUAAUUUUGUAUGGGGAUCCACUUCCCCCGAGGCUCCCCUCUAACACAUGGUAGGGUGGUUCAGUCCUCCAGAUAAGCUUACCAAAGCAGUCUUGCCAGUAUUCUAGAAAGCAAAAUAGCAGUAUUUUUUAUAGUAUUAGAAAUAAAAAUGUGAUGAAAGAUUGAA